AUGGGUAUACUGGCAAUCUUUGCCCAGUAUGUAUUGAAGGUGACUCUGUCGGUGGCUCUUGGUGGAAUGGUCAAGCACGUAGCUCAGGAAAGCUCGGCGGCCGAUGAAACUUGUCCUCUGCUGGGCACAGCAAACACUACUUUGACAAACAAUGAGGAAGGAGAAUUUGACUGGGAUGAUGAGAUGCAAGGUUACAUACUGUCCUCCUACUACUACGGGUAUGCAGGAGUGAACAUAAUCGCUGGUUACCUGGCUGCCCGGUACAGCGCCCGUUGGGUUUUCAGCCUAGGACUGCUCGCUGCCGGUAUUUUCACAGUCGUGGGUCCUAUCUGCGCCGAUGCUGGAGCCGUGGUCUUCAUGGGUGUUAUCGUUCCAGCAAUGCACGUACUGUUUGGAAUAUGGUUCCCUGAAAACGAGCGACAAAGACUGGCAGGACCAAUUUUCUCAGCGUCGUACUUGGGCACCGUUAUAUCAAUGGCAUCGUCUGGAACCAUUGUGAAGAAUCUGGGCUGGUCCUCUGUGUUCUACAUUUUCGGCGGCAUUGCAAUAGCUCUAGUGAUUCCAUGUUUUUACUUUAUCUACGAUGAGCCUGAGGCACACCCUAGGAUCACAGAGAAAGAAAAGGACUUUCUUUUGACACACACUGGUAGAGAUCUGAAAGGAAGCGAAGAGAACAAGGAUCUUGAAAAGGAGGAUGAACUCAUUCGAAACCCGUGGCCUCUUAUCCUGACCUGUCCUGCAAUGUGGGCGCACAAUAUACUUUCAAUUGGAGGGGCGUGGGUCAACUACACCCUGCUGUCUGAGUUGCCAACCUACAUGCAAAACAUACUUCACUUCGACAUCGACGAGGCUGGCCUCAUCUCAGCUCUGCCUUAUCUAUUUUGUUGGAUGAGCUGCAGUGUCUACAGCUUCCUGACAGAGAAAUUAACACAGAGAGGCGUGCACCUUAUGACUGUCUUCAGAAUAUGGAACGCUGUAUCUUGCAUCGGGCCUGCGAUCUGCCUCCUGGCGGUGACUCUCAUCAACUGCGACGUACCGUCCAUUGUCACACUGUUCGUCUUCACCAUGGUGUUCCGCUGCGCCAUAUACGGCGGCCAGUACGUCAACCACAUCUAUCUGUUCCCAAGGGCCUACGGAAGUGCGGCUGGCUUUAACAUGACUCUGGGGAACUCCACUGGGAUCAUCACUCCGAUAGUCACCAGUGCGUUUGUAGCAGGCCGGCAAACAAUACAGCAGUGGAAAUACGUCUUCUACCUGGCCAUGACAUUAUCAGUUGUACCGUACUUUCUGUUCCUCAUUUUUGGAUCUGUUGACGAUCAAGAAUUUAAAUGGGAAGAGCGCAGAGAGAAGAAGAGGAAACAGAAGCUGGCCUCAUAG